AUGCCAUCAAGAGUACAAACUAACUUUGUUCAUUUGGAAGGCCUGGAAUUAGCUGAUCAAUUCAACGGAUCGCACGAUACAAUUGAUGUUCUAGUGGGCUCUGACUUUUACUGGGACAUUGUGAUUGGAGAUAUCGUGUCUAGAGAUGGGCCAACAGCACUUAGCAGCAAGUUAGGAUGGUUGCUCUCAGGUCCCGUUAAAGGAGCAAAAUGUGACAAUUACAUUGUUUCAAAUCUGAUUAUUUCUGGAGAAUUGCCUGUAAGCGAAACAGAUGAAGUUACACAAAUCAUGCAAGGCUUUUGGGAAACCGAAAGCAUUGGAAUCAAAGACACCCCCAAAUGUCAACAAGCGAUCAAACUCGAAGACCAAUUUUCAGACAUUUCAUUCAAUGGUAACCUUUAUGAGGUUGGGCUUCCUUGGAAGGAUGACUGUCAGCCAUCCUCAGACAAUUGGCGAAUGUGUGACACACGUCUUAAGUUUCUACACCGCAAGUUAAAAGUGGAGUCUGCCUUAUUGAACAAAUAUCCUAACAUCAUUACAGAACAAGAAAGAAACGGAAUAAUCAAAAAGGUCGAUAAAGCCCCUAGCAAUGACAGCAAUAACAAAGGCAUCCAUUACUCGCCACAUCAUGCCGUAGUUCAAAAGGAUCAUGAGAAAACAAAAGUUUGUGUUGUCUAUGAUGGCUCAGGGAAGACAUUGAAGAAUGAACUUUCACUCAAUGACUCUUUGGAAGUUGGUCCGAACUACAUCCCACACAUCUUUGACCUAUUGACAAAAUUCCAAAGUAGCACAAUAGGCCUGUCAGCUGACAUAGAAAAGGCUUUCCUAAACGUGGGAAUCAAAGAACAACAUCGAGACAUGCUUAGAUUUCUGUGGUUCCAAGAUCCAUUCGCUGAUGAAUUGAAGAUCGUUCCAUUCAGAUUCAACCGUCUUGUCUUUGGAUUACGUCCUUCACCGUCGGGUUUGGGUGCUACAAUCAAGCAUCAUUUACAACUUCUCACACAAGACGAACUGGAAAUUGCACAGUUGCUGGAAAAUUUGUUCUACGUUGACGACCUAAUUACAGGAGCAGACGAUGAUCAAAGAGCAUUUGUCAUCUAUCAGAAAUCAAAGGAAACGAUGUCGAAGGGAGGUUUCAAUCUGUGA